AUGGAUCUAUUCAAAAGAAAAGUAAAGGAAUGGGUGUACUCUCUCAGUACUGACGAUCAUUAUGCAGAGUAUAACCCCGAUGAAGCCCCCACAUUUAACAUGGGUAAACGUUUAAACAGUAAUAAUGGACAAGUCAAUCCUUCUCAAAUGCAUCUAAAUAGUGUAGACGAAGAAAUGAGCGUGGGAUUCCAAAACGGCGUGCCAUCUAAUGACGAUAUAAACAUUGACGAAUUUACCUACACAGAUUCGAACGAUGGUGUCUCUGAAACUCUUUUAGCUUGGAGACACAUCGAGUUUUGGACGAGUGAACAUAAUCCAGAUCUAAACGCGACUUUGAGUGACCCUUGCACCCAAAACGAUAUCACUCACGCAGAGGAAGAUUUGGAAGUUAGCUUUCCUAACCCAGUGAAGGCUUCCUUUAAAAUCCAUGAUGGGCAAGAGGACUUGGAAUCGAUGACCGGCACUUCAGGCUUGUUUUAUGGCUUUCAGCUAAUGAAAUUAGAUCAAGUCGUGGCCAUGGCGCAGGCCUGGAGAAAUGUUGCAAAGAAUCUUAAUAAAAGAUCCCAACAAGGUUUAUCACAUGUUACAUCUACCGGCUCUUCUUCAUCGAUGGAAAGAUUGAAUGGUAACAAAUUCAAGCUUCCAAAUAUCCCCGAUCAAAAAUCUAUUCCUCCAAAUGCUGUACAACCAGUAUAUGCACAUCCCGCUUGGCUUCCGUUAAUAACAGACAAUGCCGGUAACCAUAUCGGUGUAGAUUUGGCACCUGGUCCAAACGGGAAGUAUGCUCAAAUUAUAACAUUUGGUAGAGACUUUGAUACGAAGUUUGUUGUCGCUGACAAUUGGGGUGAAUUCUUAUUAUCGUUUGCUAACGAUUUAGAAGCUGGUAAUUGGUACUUGGUAGAUGACAGUGAUGACUACUUCAGCGGUGAUGGUGAAUUGGUCUUUAGAGAUAAAAAAUCCAAUGGACCCAUACAGGAUUACUUUGAAGUUUUGAAAAGAAGAACGUGGGUUAAAUAUCAAGAAAGUCUAAAAGCACAAAAACAAAAAUCUCAAUCUGAACCGUCUUCGCAACAACAGAAAUCCGUUCCUGCCGUGCAAAAGGAAGCAGCAACACCAACAAAUGACCAGCCCUCUAUUCUCAACGAAGAAUCCAUAGAUGGUGAAGAUAUUGAUGGCGUAGAUGCACAGCCUGUUCAGGAUCAUGAAUCUGUGAAAGUUGUCAAAAAUAAAUCUAGUGGGGUUGAAGUGGAAGCUAAAGCUACAAAUACAGAGGAAUCUAACCAACCAAAUCAUGAAGUCAGAAUUGACGGUGAGGACAGUAAACAGAAUAAAGACGAAGAAAAAGCAGAAAAGGAGUCAAAGGUGGAUUUGAGAGAACAUGUUGAAAAUGAGCAUGCUGAGAAAUCGAAGGAAAACGCUGAUGACAUAAAUAACAAAGAAGAAGAAAAAGAAGAAGAAAAAGAAAAAGAAGAAGAAGUAACCAAAGAAAGCAGAAAUGAAAAAGGAAGCGAUGAUGCUAAAGUGGAUGAAGCAAGAGAAGAAUUUGAAAAUAUAGCCUUAUGA